AUGGCCGUCUUCGACGAUGUGCACUAUGUUCUUUCAUCUUCCAUACCGGCAGAACAACGUAAGGAGCUUUCAGGCUUGUUGGACCUCAAUGGCGCAACGAGCGCACCACCACACACCCAUCUUAUUGCCCUUGCUGGAUCGCACACUCAACACGAACACGCAGGAUCUUUGCAUAUAGUGUCGGGAAUGUGGGUACAUCGGAGCAUAGUCCUCGGAAAACUUCAGCUCGAGCAGUACUAUUCACCUGAUCCAACAAUGAUUUUUUCGGGCAUCGUGGCGUGUGCUACCGAUCUCUCCCCAUCGGACCUCGAAGUUCUCUCAGCAGGGAUCACCUCGUUAGGAGGACAAUGGCGAACUGGUCUCACGCGCGAUGUAACACAUCUCUUCGCAUUGCAUGAACAGAGUGACAAGUACCAAACUGCCAUGCAUUUUGCGCCACAUACUCACAUGUCUGUCCUCACACCGCAUUGGUUCGAUGACUCAGUUCGCGUUGGGCGUCGUGUGCCUGAAGGCCCUUACCUAUGGCCUGAUCCAAAGGUCUUACAAGCUGGCAUGCAGGUCACAAUGGACGAGGAUGAUGUAGAAAUUGGAGAAGGUGGGAAAAAAAAGAGAAAAAAGAGUGGCGAGACAAGACUGAGUAGCCCUAUGGUGACGGAGGAAGCAGAAUGCAGAGAAAGAGUCGAUGUAUGGGCAGGAAGGAGGUUGUUAUUGUCUCGUUCUUUGGAAUUGGGACAAGGACAUCGUGAAGCUGUGGAGGCGAAUAUACAGAGAGCGGGUGGAACUGUUGCCAAGGUCAAAGGCACCAGCACAGACGAGGAAGCACAAGAGAACGAGGAAGCAACACUUGUAGAUGAAUGCGAUGUGUUCGUCACGCGGUACCGCUCUGGGAAGGCAUACUUCAAGGCGGCCCGUUCAUCUCGUCCGAUUUUGAUCGGAAAUUUGACUUGGAUGUUUCACGUCGAUGCGUCUGGCACGUUGAAUGAUCCGCAUGAUAGUUUGUUGUGGUACCCGGUUCCAAGAGGAGGUAUUCCUGGUCUUAACGAAUGCGAAAUCACUGUUACUAACUAUACCGGCGCCGCGCGAGAUUACCUGAAGAAACUUAUUCAAGUCAUGGGCGCAAGGUUCACACCAAGUAUGAGUCAGAGCAACAAGGUUCUGGUCGCCGGCUAUUCUCCUUCGCCUAAAACACAGCGCGCAGUUGCAUGGUCGAUACCAAUAAUCAAUCAUACUUGGCUCGAGGAUUGUUUCAUUGCAUGGAAGUGGGUACCUCUGAACGACCGCUCUCAAGCGAUCGUGUCUUUGAAUCUUACUGUCGGAGUUGAUAAAUACAUUCUCUUUCCCCCCGGCGUCGAUUUUGGGAAGAUGCUCAUGACCCCAAUUGGUGGUACAAGUGCGAGCUCUGUUUACAUGACCUCAGGGGGACCUGUUCCAGGCGGCCGGGGAGUCGGUCCUAUUGAUAUUGACGUAGAGGAGCAGAGGGAUGCAGAGUACCGUAGGGGCAUGGUCGAUGAAGUGGAGCCCGUCACCACAACCACGGACAUUCCCAAAUCAAAUGCCAAAGCUAAGACCACAUCCAGCAAGUCGAAGCCAAAGGUCAUCGAUGAUGAGGGUAGCUCGGCUCCGAAAACAUCCCAGCCUGUAGCGUCAAGGCCGAAGCCCAAUGCUCUCACUGCUCCCCAAGCUACAGACAUGAGCGCGAGAGACGCUGGAGAGGUGGAGAUCGCCGUUAAUUUCGGCGAUGAUGAGGACCUUGACUUUGACGAUGCUGGUGACAUAGCGGCCAGUGUAGUCAUGGAUGUCGACGACCAACAUGUUUCCCCUUCCAAGUCACCAAGACAUCAGAAGCCGAAGCCGACAUCAUCGGGGAAGUUGAAGAAAUCUCAGAAAGUCACCCUCGAAGAAGAGGGCGGUACCACGAGCAUUGACGAUGGUAGCUCAAGACUUACGAAACCACGACCACGCAAACGUUCGAGGAUCAUACGAGAAAGCACUGUGUCCGAUGCGUCCGAUGAUGCUGUGGAAGUGUACGAAGGGCGAGUGACAGAUGGUGUAAAGAAUUCCAGGGAGAUCGACGAGAGCUCUGCGGAUGACGAAGCUCCCCCUAAGGCUGAAACCAAAGCCAGUGGGAAGUCUAACAAACUGCCCACAUCAAAGGAGAAGACCAAGCCUCAGAAAGCUGGUCAUCUUCCCCCUUCUCGCGAGCGUUCCAACUCUGAAUCUAUGUCAGCCCGUCCAAGCAGGUCAAUUCCUGGGUCCUCGACGCCAAUAAAGACAGGGAUGAAACCAAAACCUAAGCCGAAGGAAACUCCUCAACGCGCUCCAUCCUUGUCUGAUGAUGACGACGAAAUUUUUGCACGGCCUGCGAAGCAUCAGCCACUUACGCCGAGUGCCAAAGUAAGAGCCAAAGAGCCGGAGAAGGAGCCGCUGACUACGUCCUCAAAAGCCAAGGAGAAACAGAAUGCUCGCGCUCCAUCUCCAUCUCUGUCCACUACCCAUUCACCUUCGCCUCCUGCAAAAACCUUUAGGACGCCGAAACGCACAGUAUCUGUACUGGUACCAUCUCUGCCGAAAGACUACUUGUCUCCAAGCCCACGCAAGGACACGCCUACGAACAAGGAAGGAAGGUCCGAGCUUGCUAGAACGAACUCCAUUCACGCAUCUGCUGCCGAGGCUUCGACAAGCGGAUCCAAGCGUGGACGCCCUUCGUUUUCAAAACCUUCAACCUCAACACCUUCCGUGAAGGGCAAGUCGAAGUCCGAAGCACGGAAUGAGUCAGAAUCGGAACACGAGGAUGGGGUUUCCGUGGUUUCGGAUACUUAUACCUCACGUGGGUUACCAAAGCGCAGUGCUGCCAACAAAGCGACGAGCAAACUGAGGGACGAAAUUAUGCCCGACGUCGUUAAUUUCGAGAAGGAGCGCAAGAACGCCAAGCGAAGGCGUAGCUCCGGUCUCAAUGACUCUUUCAUUGCCCUGCGUGACGAAGAGGAAGUCGAAGAGGAACGAAACGGUAAGAAGCGUAAAGUGGCGAAAGCUCGCGCAGAGGACGCGAACGAAGAGACAGAAGUUGAGGUCAUUUCUAUUUCUCGAACGAAGUCGACGUCGAAGACAGGCGCGGCUGAGGGCAAGGGCACGAAGAAGAAAGCGGGAGAAGGGAUGAGUAUUGACGAAGACGAGCCGUCCAAGAGAAAGGGCGUGAAGGCGACUCAGAAUAAAAAGGGAUUGCAUGCUCCUGAUGUUGUCACCGAUCAGCUUUCUGGACCCUCUCGAGAAUCUGGAACAGUGAGGGUGAUGACAACAGGUAUCCAGCUGACCGAUGACACUAUCAAGCGGUUGAACAAAUUGGGUGCAAAGAUGACAACCAAACCCAACGACUGCACGCACCUCGUCACAAAGGGAAUAGUCCGUACGGAGAAGUUCUUGUGCGCUAUCGCAAGCUCUCCAUUCGUGUUAACAGAAGGAUGGGUUAAUUCGAGUGUGCGAACUGGCAAACUUUUGCUGGAAACGGACUUUCUGAUAUCUGACCCCGAAUCGGAACGGAAAUGGAACUUUAAGCUCUCCACUUCUCUCGAGCGCGCUAAACGUGAAGACGGAGGGGAUAGCUUGCUGAAAGGGAUGACAUUUUAUGUGACUCCAAAAGUCGAGAUUGACUUGAAGUUGCUCAAAGCUGUCAUAGCAUCCGCUGGUGGUCAGGUUCAGACGUCCAAACCGACGACUCGAAUACUCAAGGGGAACAAAAACCGUCACGUUAUCUCUUGUCCAGCAGACCAAUCGAUCUGGCGACCAUUGGUUGAGGAAGGAUAUACUAUAUAUUCCACAGAGCUCAUUCUGCUAGCCGUACUUACUCAGGAGAUACGGUGGAAGGAUGACAACUGUAUCAGUUCCAAGCCUUCCUAA